UCGUUGGGUAUACAUUUUCUUAAUUACCAUGAACGACACUGAACUCCUUGAUAUUAUAAUUCAGCCCACUUCCACCACUGUUUUUCGCCUCCUGCGACUCCCUGUCUUGGUUUAGAGAGUAGCAGCAGCAGUAGCAGAGGGUGCGCCAAACGCCUUAGAAUGCGCACUCCACUCUCUCACCCUUCGUAGAUCCUAAUCAAAGUCUUUUUCUUAACUGUAAUGCUUAAUCGAUUGAUGUUUCUCUGAGCAAUCUCCCUAUUCUCAGUCUAGAUAUCCAGAACUCUAUGGGGAAAAAAGUUAAGAAGAAGGGUCGAAACUCUCAUAAGGAGAAGCGGGUCGUGACCCCUUCUCCCAAAAUUGGUUCCCAGCAAUACAAUGCAAGUGUUGAGACUGUUGGGGAUGGAGUUUCAGUGGCCAAAGGGAGAAACUUGUGCGUCCAUCUUGACAGGGGAGUAGACUUGAGUAAAGUCUCAAAAAAAAUUGGGUCUUCUGAGCCUAUUAAGUGCGAAGAUUGCAGGGAAGGUGUGGUUGAUAGGAAGGGUAAUAGGGCAAAGGGUAAACAUGGGAAGAGGAAAGGAGGCGGUCCUGGGGAUUUGAAAUCAGAUUCGAGGGCUAUUUGGGUUUGUUUGGAAUGUGGGCAUUUUGUGUGUGGAGGGAUUGGCCUUCCAACAAGCACUCAAAGCCAUGCAGUUCGGCAUGCAAGGUUAACCCGUCACCCCUUGGCAAUCCAAUUUGAAAACCCUAAUCUACGGUGGUGCUUCCCAUGCAAUACACUUAUACCGGUUGAAAAAUCAGAAGAGAAUGGUGAGCAAGUGGAUAUCUUAUCUGACAUUGUGAAACUGAUAAAGGGCCGAUCAGCUGUGGCUGCACCAGUGGAUGUUGAGGAUGUUUGGUUUGGAAGUGGCAGCAUUAUGAGUGAAAUGAAACCAGGAAACACAACAUCCGGUGCUUUAGAUGGAAGGGAUGGUUACACUGUAAGAGGCUUGGUUAAUCUUGGGAACACUUGUUUCUUUAAUUCAGUAAUGCAAAAUCUUUUAUCCAUGGAUAGGUUGAGAGACUAUUUUGUGAAGUUAGAUGGAUCUGUUGGGCCUCUUACUACUGCUUUGAAGAAGCUUUUCUUUGAAACAAUUUCCGAAGGAGGAUUGAGAAAUGCUAUCAAUCCAAAAUCAUUUUUUGGGAGUGUUUGUGCAAAGGCACCCCAAUUUAGGGGAUACCAGCAGCAUGACAGUCAUGAGCUGCUACUUUUCUUACUCGAUGGGCUCUCUACAGAAGAAUUGAGUAUGAAAAAGCAGAUCAGUUCUUCUCAAGAUGAUGGGAACUCUCCAAAUGAGGGACCUACUUUUGUGGAUUAUCUAUUUGGGGGGCAAACCUCUAGCACUGUUUGUUGUUUAGAGUGUGGGCACUCCUCAACAGUGUGGGAGCCUUUUUUAGAUCUUUCGCUGCCAGUUCCAACUAAGAAACCUGUUUCUAAAAAGGCCCAACUGGCCUCUCGAACCAGGAAAAUGAAGCUACCUCCAAAAAGAGGUGGGAGGGUUCGUUCAAAGUUUAACAAAGACACGGAUGCUACUUCAACUCAAAUUGUUUCAAAGCCAUCAGUUAGUUGCGGGUCGUCAUGCCAAGAGCAGUCCAAUGCAACUGUUGAAGAGAAAGUGACGACAUGUUCUGGCGAUUCUACAUUUUUAGGUUCAGCUGGACCAGUUAUUGUGGAUGAUAAUAAGGGCCCAGUUUCACAGAAUAUCUUGACUGCUGAACUGUCUGAAACCAGGCUCCACUCUGAAAAUCUUAUGGAGAAAACAAAAGUGUCGUUUGAUGAUUUAACAUGGAUGGAUUACCUUGAACCUGAAACAAUAUUGCCUGACCAAGAUGUUGCUCCACAAAAUGAUGAUGUUUUAGUUACUCAAGGUUUUAAAGAAAAGGACACUCCUCACAAUAAUGUCUCGUCUGAAAGCAACUUUGAUUCCACUAGCCAGGUUUAUCUACAGCCAAAUCUAAAGUCAGAAUCGUCUCCUGAGAGUUCUGGCAAAGACAUGCUCCCUGAACAGGUUCAAGAUUCUGAAGUUCUAUUGCUUCCAUACAAAGAAGAAACUUCAACCUCUGUUGAGGUAAUGAGAGUAGAAGGUGAGGCCUCCUCAUCAUUUGUUGGUUGCAAGCAAGAUUCAUUGGAUUUUGAUGGAUUCGGUCACUUAUUUGAUGAGCCUGAGGUAGUUGAAGGGCCCACAGCAAAAAACUUGCCAGGCGCUAAUGACUUUCAGGAAAAUGAAGUCACUGAAACUGGUUUCAUAGCUGGAAACAGCAGCGAUUCAGAACCUGAUGUGGUGGAUAAUACAGAUUCUCCAGUGUCUGUAGAGAGUUGUUUGGCUUAUUUUGUAAAACCAGAACUUCUUUCCAAUGAACAUGCUUGGCAAUGUGAAAAUUGUUCAAAAAAUGCAAGUAAGCAGAAAAUCAAAUUGAGGAAGAACAAGCUGAAGCUUAAAUCUUCAAUUCAGAAUAAUCAAGGCAAGGAUAUUGCUUAUAAUGACUCAUUGAGUUUGAAUAAAGAUUUGUCUUGCCCUUCUGAAGUCAGAGACCUAGGUAAUGGAAAUAUCAAGAGUGGUGUGGUUCUUGACACUUCUAGUGAAAGCUUUGUAUCUCAUUAUGGGGAUGUCAAUGAUUCCACCCAGAACAAAGCAAAACUUGAAACAAGUCAAGCUGACAAACUAAAACCAGUGGUUCCAGUAGUUCCUCAAUCAGAAGGAGAAAAUGGUAAAGAUGCAUGUUUGGAGUCGCCACAUUCCUCAUGUUGCUACAGAACUUGUAGCGAAGCAAGCUUUAGCGAUCAAUCCAAUGAAAUUUAUACGAUUAAUGAACCUAGUAGGAGUAUUGGAUGUAAACCAAGGGAUCCUCAGUUGUCAGUUGAGAUCUGUGAAUCAGGAGAAAGUGAAGAAGUAGAGAUGGAUUCUGAAACUGUGAAGGUAAAGAGAGAUGCAACUAAAAGGAUCCUUAUUAAUAAGGCCCCGCCAAUUUUGACCAUUCAUUUGAAGAGGUUCAGCCAAGAUGCUCGUGGUCGCUUAAGUAAAUUGAAUGGCCAUGUUGAUUUCAGGGAUACAAUUGAUCUACAACCAUAUAUGGACCACAGGUGCACAGAGGGGGGUAAGUAUGAUUACCGUUUGAUUGGGGUGGUGGAGCAUUUUGGGAGCAUGAGAGGAGGGCAUUAUGUUGCAUACGUGAGAGCCGAGAAGAGCAGGGGGAAGACACAAGAAAGUGGGCAUCCUCUGUGGUAUCAUGUCAGCGAUUCUUAUGUUCGUGAGGUUUCCCUGGAAGAAGUUCUUCACUGCGAGGCCUACAUUUUAUUCUACGAAAAAAUUUGAUACAGAUUUCAAUUUUUCCAUUCCAUUGCUUGUUUCUGAGACAGUUUGGGGGCUUAAAAUUGACUAUACCUGCAGUUCCCCACCAUCAGGAGAGAGAGAGAGAGAGAGAGAGAGAGAGAGAGAGAGAGAGAGGAUAUUCUGAGGUGAGUGUAUAACAACGAUUGUGAAUAUUUGAUGCCCAUUUUUCUUGGUGUCACGGGUAUAGUGUAAAAUUGUAUCUUACAUUAAGAUGUGGAGUUUUUUUUUGGGUUUCACUCCAUGGACUGGAAGCUUUACUCAUGGAAUCCAUGCUGAAGAUGAUGGCAUUGUAGUGC